ACCAGUGUUUCCCAAAGUGGGCGAUAUCGCCCCCUUGGGGGCGCUAUAGCUAUCUAGGGGGGCAGUUGAAGUUACAUACUUAAUUAGGGGGCAUUGUAUUACAAAAAAGGGGCGGUGACUGUUUCAAUUUUUUUUUAAACAUUAUGUAGUACAAAUUAUUGUAAGCGUGUAUUUCGUAUUUUUAGAAUAAUUGUUCGUUGUCUGUUGACGAAUAACAGGUCUUUAUCGCAUUAACAGCAACCAAGUACAUUAUUGUUAUUUUGGUAUAUCGAUAUUAUACUAUAAUAUUGUAUUAUCUGAUUUAUAUUUGUACUUAAUAAUUUAGUAUACUCGUGGAUACCGACCUUGUAUGUUGUCGUGUUUUUCUAAUAAUUUUAUUUACGUGUUUUCUACAUCAUGGCCGAUUCAAAGAAAAAAUGUAGGCAAUAUAAUAUUGAGUAUUUGAAGUAUGGAUUUAUUCAGUCACCUACAAGUAUUACAUUACCGAUGUGUCUUAUUUGCCAAAAAGUUUUUUCAAAUGAAGCUAUGAAACCGUCAAGACUGCAAGAACAUCUAACAAAAGUUCAUCCUAAUAAAAAAAAUAUGAGUUUAUUGGAUUUUCAAACACUUGAGAAGAAAAUUUUGAAACAACCAACAUUGGUCAACAUGUUUUCAACAGCGUCGAAACAAGACGAUGACGGAUUGCGUGCUUCGUACAACAUUUCUUUAUUGAUAGCCAAAUCUGGUAAACCACAUACUAUUGGUGAAGAACUUAUUAUACCAGCUAUAAACGAGGUAUUAAACACAGUACUGCAUAAACCAGCUUUUGAUGUUAUUAAAAAAAUUCCUUUAAGUAAUAACACAGUCCAAAGAAGAAUUGAUGAAAUGGCUCAAUCGGUUGAAGAAAUAUUAUGCGAGUAUUUGAAAACCACCAAAUUUUCCAUACAACUUGAUGAAUCAACCUUAUCUGAUAACGAAGCCUUAUUAUUAGCUUACGUACGAUUCGUAAAAGAAGAAAAGAUUUGCCAAGAAUUAUUAUUUGUUAAAAAUUUAGUUACUAACACUAAAGGAGAAUCAAUCUUUCAAACAUUGGAAGAAUUUUUCAAAGAAAAAGAAAUUCCUAUGUGUAAUAUCUUAUCAGUAGCGACCGAUGGUGCUCCAGCAAUGGUAGGACGUUAUCGAGGUUUUAUUGCUUAUUUAAAAAAAAUAAUACCAAAUAUAUUAGCUAUACAUUGUGUCAUUCAUCGACAACACUUGGUUGCUAAAAAUUUGAGUGAGCGCUUACAUGAGUCGUUGUAUUAUGUAAUUUCAGCUAUAAAUAAAAUUAAAAAUAAUUCAUUGAAUGACAGAUUGUUUGGAAAACUUUGUACUGAAAACGAUGAAGAGUUCAAUAAAUUGCUAUUUCACACUGAAGUUCGUUGGUUGUCUAAGGGUGCUUGUUUGGAUAGAUUUUAUAAGUUGUUUGACUCGGUGCUUGAAUUUUUAGAAACUAGAGAUGAUGUUUUACGAGUCAACUUAAUAAAAUAUAAAAGUGAUAUUGCUUAUUUGACAGAUCUGUUUAAAAAAUUUAAUGAAACAAACUUGCAGCUUCAAGGUGAUGAAUUGACUUUAAUCAAAACAAAAAAUAUUAUUUCUGCAUUUAUAAAAAAACUUCUUAUGUACAAAAUAAAUUUAGGACGAAAAGAAUUUAUACAAUUUCCAAAUCUAUCAAUGGUUCAAAAAAAUGAUGAAGAUAUAAUUACAUACUGUCAACACUUGGAAGCACUACAUUCCGAUUUCAAUAAACGAUUUGAAGAUAUUCUUAAAAUGGUCAUACCCGGAUGGGUUUUAGAUCCAUUUUCAAGUGCAGAAAUAAUAAAUUCUCCAAAAUUAGAAGAAGAAUUGAUAGAACUAUCAACAAAUGAGGAACUAAAAUUCAAGUUCAAGGAAGGAUACCAAACUUUCUGGCUACAAAAGCAGAUACCUUUACUUUAUCCUGGAUUGUGGGCUAUUGUACAGACAUUUUUGAUAGCAUUUCCAUCAUCCUACUUAGUUGAACGUGGAUUCAGUGCAGUUACUAAUCUACUUACAAAGAAAAGACAACGGUUACAAAUAACCAAUCGUGGGGACUUGAGAAUGCUUCUUACGAAAAUCGAGCCUAACAUACACCAACUUCUAGCAAAACACCAGGUACACCCAUCUCAUUAGGAUAUUAUUUUUGACUUCUGUAUGUACAAUAUUAUAGUAACUUUAUUAUGAACUUAUUUGUAAACAAUAAAAUAAUUUUCCAUUGCA